CUGUCAAAGUGGCCGCUGCAGCAGUGCUGCCAGUUGAACCCGCUUCAAAAUUCCCUGUACGCUACGUGUAGAGAGAAAGAGAGAGGGGGAGAGAAGGAGAGAGGGAAACAAAAUAGAACAACACAUCAGCACCCAAAAAGCAUUCCGAUCAGUGCACAUAUUGGCGAUUUUCCCCCGCAGCAUAAAUCGCCACUAGUGUGGCCAAAAAAACAAAAAAGAAAGUGGACAUUUCCCAGCAGCAACACAUACAAAGUGCCACCACACGAUGGUUUUCGGUGUGGUUCCGUAAGAGCUUUGGAGCGCGUGAGUGCAUAUGUGUGUGUGUGUGUUUUUUUGCACCCGGGAGAGCUCAAAUCCAGCUAUUCAAACCAGAUCCCGCCCCACCCACCAUCCCGCAGGAGGUGUGCGUGUGUCUCGCUGGCCUGCAAUGUUGUCAUCAAACACACCCAACUGCCCGUAAGCGAAACAACAAAACAGUCGCCCCCACCUUGCCCGUCUGUUGCUGUUGUUGUUGUGUGUGAGCGACAGCAAGGGACACGUCAUUUUUUUCGCCACACUGACAGGUGUACUUGCAGGCGUGUGUGUGUGUGUGUGUUUUUUAAACAUGUCAGGCUCCUGUUUUGCCUAACGCAAUCGUCUGCAAUCAUUCGAACGAACAGUAGUGGAAAAAGCGGAAGGGAAAGACAAAAGAGAGGAAGAGAGAGAGAGAGAAAUAGUCCUUUUGAGGAUCCUACAUUCCAGCCUGGCCACCACCAAACACCCGAUCAACCUCAAUCAACGCCAAUCCCACACAUACGCGCUGCUGGAAAGGAUCGAACCAGCCGGGUGCAAUCUCUGUGAGUGUGUGUGUGCGGGGGGUCUGGGGCUAGUGUGAGCAGCAUCCAACCGUGGGGAGGGAGGGAGGGGGUCGCGGGAGAACGAAGCAUGAUGUGGCUCGGUGGUAGCAGGUGCCAUACCUUUCCGGCGCUGCUUCUGCUGCUGCUUGUCACGGUCACGGCCGUGGCGAGCGGAGCGGAUGGGACGAACGUGGACAAGGUGCCGCUGAAAGCGGCAACGCCCGGCCAGCAGGAGGACAACGCAGGCGGGGAGGACGGUAAAGCGCGGCCGACGGCGGCACCGCCGACGGGCGAGCGGGUGGAGAGUCCGGUGCCGUCCGGCACCAACCAGCAGCGCAAAGCGGCCGAAGGUUUGAUCGACGGGCUCGGCGGGGAGGAGCGCAAGGGCGACGCGGAGCAGCAGCAGCAGCAUCCGUGGGAGAAGCUGGACCUGGACACGAUCAAGCUGGUGCAGAUAACGGACUUCAGCAAGGAGAAGGACAACAAGAAGAUACCGGCCGUGCUGUACGACAUACUGGAGGUGCAGAAGCGCCUGAUCCAGAACAUCGUGACCGAGAUCGAGGAGAUCGAGCAGCAGCAGGAGGCGGAGGCAGGGGCGCAGGGACUGGGCCCGGACAGUGCAGCCGGGCCGCCGAGCGAGGAGGCGGUCGAGGCGCAGCAGAUCUACGAGCAUGCGAUCGGCGUGCUGAACCGGACGAAGGUGGACCGCCUGCUCGGCCACAAGCUGAUGGUGGAGGCGGCCGGUAAGGGCCACCCGCUCGCCCGCAGCCACGUCGCGUGGGCCCAGCUGCUCGGCAAUCCGGUCCCGCUCGACAUCGAGUCGGCCAAGCGCACCUUUCUCGAGCUGGCCGCGGACGGGCUGCCCGACGCGCAGAUGGGGCUCGGCUUCAUGUACUCGGCCGGCAUCGGGUUCAACGUGAGCCAGGCGAAAGCGCUGCUCUACUACACGCUCGCGGCAGCCGGCGAAAACUCCUGGGCACAGAUGGCGCUCGGCUACCGGUACUGGGCGGGCGUGGGCGUGCCGAACAGCUGCGAAACCGCCCUCGACUACUAUCGCAAGGUGGCGACCAAGGUGGCGUCCCAGGUGACGUUCAGUGGCGGGGCGGCCGUGCACCGCAUCCGGCUGCUGGACGAGGUGGACAACUCCGGGCCGAGCUCGGGCAUCCUCGACAACGAUCUGAUCGACUACUACCAGCUGCUGGCGGACAAGGGCGACGUGCAGGCGCAGGUCGGGCUCGGCCAGCUGCACUACCAGGGCGGCCGGGGCAUACCGCUCGACCACCAGCGGGCGCUGCAGUACUUCAGCCAGGCGGCGAACGCGGGCAAUGCGGUGGCGAUGGCGUUCCUCGGCAAGAUCUAUCUCGAGGGCAGCGACAACAUUAAGGCGGACAACGAGACCGCCUUCAAGUACUUCAAGAAGGCGGCCGACCUGGGCAACCCGGUCGGGCAGAGCGGGCUCGGCAUCAUGUACCUGCACGGCAAGGGCGUCCGGAAGGACACGGGCAAGGCGCUCAAGUACUUUGCGAAGGCGGCCGACCAGGGCUGGGUCGACGGGCAGCUGCAGCUCGGCAACAUGUACUACAGUGGCAUCGGUGUGCAGCGGGACUUUAAGCUGGCGAUUAAGUACUUCAGCCUCGCGUCCCAGUCCGGCCACGUGCUCGCGUUCUACAACCUCGGCCAGAUGCACGCGAUCGGGCUCGGCAUGAUACGGUCCUGCCCGACCGCGGUCGAGCUGUUCAAGAACGUGGCCGAGCGGGGCAAGUGGGCCGACCGGCUCAUGUCCGGUUACCAGGACUACCGGUCGUACCGGUUCGAGGAAUCGUUCAUGCAGUACGCGCUGCUGUCCGAGAUGGGGUACGAGGUGGCGCAAAGCAAUGCCGGCUUCCUGCUCGACCGCGAGGAGGUGAACCUGUUCAAGGACCGCGGCGAGGAGCUAGUGCGCGCCCUGCAGUACUGGGGCCGGGCCGCGGCCCAGGGCUACUCGGCGGCGCAGGUAAAGCUCGGCGACUACCACUACUACGGCAUGGGUACACUGAUCGACUACGAGAUGGCUGCCUCCCACUACAGGAUGGCUUCCGAGCAGCAGAACAACGCGCAAGCGAUGUUCAAUCUCGGCUACAUGCACGAGCAGGGGCUCGGUAUGAAGAAGGACAUUCAUCUGGCGAAGCGGUGCUACGAUUUGGCCGCGGACUCGAGCGUCGACGCGAAGGUCCCGGUAACGCUGGCCCUCAUCAAGCUGCAGCUGCUCUUCAAGCUGGAAUCACUGAAAGAGACGCCGUUGAAAAUCAUCUUCAACCUGGAUGAAAAUAUUGCCUCGAACUGGGACCUGUACCUGAUCACGGUCAUCACGAUACUGUGCGGUGCGGUGCUGUACUUCCGGCGCCCAGUACCGCGUGCCCCACCGGCACCGAACCAAACCGGUGCCGCCACCACCACUGGUGGCAGCAGCCAGCAGGCACCGCCGUCCCCGGCCAGGACCGACCGCGAUGACGCACCAGCAACGCCCGCCGCCCCGUCCGGGUCCACCGGCGAGCAGGAGCACCGGGCAGCUGCCAGCGCCAGAAAUGCAACAGCAGAAAACCGGGCAAAUCGCAAUACCGAGCCAGCAGAUGCCACGUUAAAUGAAAACGUUGAGUAGAGAGGCACAUAUAGAGUACGGCCGAGAGAGAGAGAGAGAUAGAGAGGAAAGUAAGAGCCAACUUUAAACUAUUGUAAAUAAAUGUGAUAUUACCUUUUGUUUCAAAAUAGUUAUCACACAAACAACACACACACACAUAGUCACACCGACACAGCUGUAAGGUAAAUGAAGAGAAUCACUCGUGUGUAA